AUGGCGUAUCCAAGACAGAUCGCAAACAUCACCUCACACGUCUACGGUCCUUAUCCGGAAGACAUAAUCUUGAAGGAUAACUACCCGCGUGCAGGUGUCACGUUGGCUAUCAGGGAGCUGCAAAUGUAUCGCGACAAUAGGCCUGUAGGAUUCGAUGACACAGAAUUAAUCGGAAAUCCUCCCGCUGGCUCCGUUGUCUUCUUUGGUGUCUUCGAAAUCUCUUCGCUGGAUUGUCUCUCAGAGCUCGGCUUGAAGUUCCUGCAAGAAGACCUCCGGAAAUAUGAUGAGAAGAUUCAUUUGGCCCACGCAGUGAGUGGGCUAACACUGGGGGCGUUGUAUGGACACAGGAAGGGCGAAGGUUCGCGUAUAAAGGUUAGGAUCCAAUGCCGAAAGGUAUUGCUGGCCAAUUUCUUGACAACGAACACUGAUCCUGAGAAACUUAUCAUCUACUCUGAAUUCGCGGAUCGCAGUAGACGGCGCUUUUGGGUCCAAUCUCUCCAUGUCUCAACAUAUCGUUCAAGUCGCAAUUUUUUCGACCGAUAUCGCCUUCGAGCAUUGAUAGAGGACCUUAUACGGACAGACCGCCAAAAAACACCAUUAGAAGGGCGAAAUAUUGACUGGCUUGUCCGUCAAUAUCUCGAAACAAUACACCCCCGAGACAAAGACAAUCGGAUAAUAUACGAUCCUCCCCCAGACAUUGACGCAUCUAGCGAACCUCGCCAUCUGCGGCACCUUCCACAUGCUGCAGUGCGGGGCUAUUUUGCCUCACACGCGGAAUGGCUCCUCGCGCAUCAGAUAGCUUCUGCUAGCAAAAGUGUCAAGCUCCUCGAUAUUCCGCAAUGGAUUCAUUUCUGUCGAGAGGUUCGGCAGGACGCUCUUGAGGCCAAGAAGAAUGGGGUACGAUGGGGUCUACCACACGGCGAAGAAUCCGAACUUACAGGACCCCAUAACCUUGCCCGCAGCCUUGCACGGUUCGGUUUCGAUGCAAAAUACUGGGCGAAACGACUGAAGAUUGCUCAUAAAAAUCAAGAAAACUCAAAGAAGGCUGGAAAGGCUAGACCUUCUCCUGAGAUCGACCAACGCGAAGAUAUAGCUGCCACAGGCUCAGGGUGGAACAUGCAGUAUGAUUCAGACUUCAGCGAAGCAUCUACACCAGAAGCGACGGACUCAGAAGGAGACGUACCCACCUUUCCCACCUCCAGAAUACCUGCAUUCUGCUUUCAACAGCCUCAACUUCCAAGCGGGCGCUUCACUUGGCACUGUCCAGGAUGUCACUACAGUAUCAAUUUGUUGGACCUGUCCCCUUCAGACCUCGACGUGGUGCCUAUGGAACUCAAGAGGGGACUGCUAACUCAGAAUUGGACUAUGAAUGAGAGUAACGUUCGAGAGGCCCUCAACUUAAUGGUUUCGUACCAUUAUGAAAAAAACCAUCUGGCUGCCAGCGGGGUUACAUUUGAGCCUUCACACAAUGGCAAGUGGCGAGCUGUGGACACAAGAUUACCGAAUACAUCACUCACACUAAAGACGGUCAAAGUCGAGCAUUCCGAUAGCAAUCUAUCUGUUCUGCGUCGGAGUAGUCGCAAGCCUCGACCACGCAGACUUGGUGAUUAG